AUGUCACCACCUAGGAGUAAAGCGUGGAAUUGCUUCAAAAAGAUAAAUGGUUCAGAAGCAAUUUGUAAAGUUUGCUCGAAUAUUGUUAAAUACUCAGGAAAUACGUCUAAUCUUUUUAAACAUCUAAAGAAACAUUCUAAUCUACCAUUAACAGCUACAACUGUAGAUAAUGUGACUGUUGAAAUCGAUUCAUCACAGGCAAUACUUAAUCGCCAUCUAUCUGAACUGAUUGAACCUUCAACAUCAAAAUCCAGUGAUACUUCUACUAAUUUAUCGAGUGAGAUCGCAUCAAGUCACACACUUGAGGAAGAAAUGGUUGAUUCUCCUUUGCCAGCCAGACUUGUGGUGAAACGACCAAUAGUGGAAUCAUUUAAUAGAGCCAGUCAUUUCCAAGAAGGAGGGUAUCGUCAUUCAAAGAUUACAAUGUCUUUGUUGUAUUUUAUUUGUAAGGACAAAAGACCAUUUCACGUAAUAGAUGGAAAAGGAUUCCAACAUCUCCUUAAAGAGUUAUCUCCAUCAUACAAAAUUCCUUGCGCUACAACAUUAAAACAACUUUUGGACAAUAAGUAUGAUGUGAUGAAGCAAUCUCUCAAAGUAAGACUAUCAGUUGUUUUGCAUGUAUCAUUAACAUUCGAUGUAUGGACCGAAACCAUGGCAGAAAAGAGUUUUUUAGGAAUAACUAUUCAUUUUUUGGAGAAAACUCUUUUGAAUUCAUUUUGUCUAUCGGUUAUUGAGUUAAAAGAACAACACACAGGUGAUUACAUUUCAAAAAUACUUAAUCGAACAUUAGAAGACUGGGAAAUAGAGAAGGAUAAUGUGGUAACCAUAGUAACAGACAAUGGUUCCAAUAUGAUCUCAGCAGUAAACAAGACUUUUACAAAAAUUGAUGGUAAAAGUCGACACAUACCAUGUUUUGCACAUACGAUUAACUUAGUGGUAGAAGUAGCAGUUAAUCAUUCAAGUGUGAAUAAUUUGAUAUCUAUGGUACGUGAAAUAGUCAAGUGGGUGAAGAGAAGUGUAAAAAAUAGUGAUUGUUUAAGAAAGUCUCAAAUGGACACUGGAAUACCAGGUUCUGUUAUAAAAUUAAUACUCGAUGUUAAGACACGUUGGAAUUCAACUUUCUACAUGAUUGAGAGGUUUCUUAAAAUUGUAGAUUGGAUUAGUCCUAUGUUGUUAAGAGAUUGUUCUGGACCUAGCAUGUUGUCUGCUUAUGAUAUCGAGGCUCUUCAACAAUUAGUUAGACUCUUGAAACCGUUAGAACAUGUAACAACAGAGUCUUCAGGUGAAAAGUAUGUGACCAUUUCAAAAAUUAUACCAAUGAUAAAUUGUCUUGUCGCACAACUAAAUAAAAUUAAACCAAGUACUGAUAGUAUAUCUGAUGUACAAGUAACUUUGCUACGAGAAAUUAAUAAACGUUUUGGAUCAAUUGAGUUGGUCACUUCAAUUGCAAUUUCUACUCUACUAGACCCUAGAUUUAAAAAUUUACAUUUUCAUGAUGCAAAUGCGUGCUCAAAAGCAAUGUCAACUCUAAGAAAAAUGAUGAAUAAUGAUCUAGUUGAUACUACAACAACCGAUACAUUGAGAGAAUGUGACGCUCCUACAACGGAAACAUAUAAUUUUUGGAAUCACCACGAGUCAUUAGCACUCGGUCAAAAAACCAAUAGACCCGAUGGAAAUAUAAAUGAUGAGUUAUCACUUUAUUUAACAAAUCCAGUGGUUCCAUUGAUAACCAAUCCCUUGGAAAAAUGGGAAGAACUAAAGAAUAUUUUUCCUUUACUGUAUAAGCAAGCAAGAAUUCAUUUUGCAAUGGUUGCUACUUCUGUCCCUUGCGAACGGUUAUUUUCCAAAGCAGGCGCUACUAUAACAAAAACUAGAAACCGUUUAACAGGAAAACGUCUAGAAAAGUUACUUUUCCUAGGUUGUUUCAAUGAAGAAGACUGGUUUUAA